CAAUAAUUUCAAACCAAGUCAUGACAGGAAAGACUACCCAACAUUCUGAAUCGGUUGUUAUUCGCAAUCUUAGGCGCUUGAAAGAGUUUUAUUGGCCUUCCAGUGUGAGUGAAGUUGUGAAUUGUGGGGAGGAAGAACCAGGAUUUCUGGACAGUUUACCAGUGGACGUGCAGUUCCAGGUCAUGACCUUGUUGUCAUCUGUAGACAUCUGUCGCCUAGGAGCAACCAGCCGUUACUGGAGGGCCUUUGUCCGAGACCCUCUGUUAUGGAGGUUUCUACUCCUAAGGGACAUACCUCACUGGCCCUCCAUCGAUCACUUAACGAUGCCGCAAGUCGAUGCACCAGAAGCGCCGGGUAUCAGUGAGGAUUCAGAACUGGACGAUUACGAGAGGACAGAAACAAGAAUUGACUACAUGGCAGAAUAUCUCAAAGGGUGCCCAUCAUGCAGAGAGCGAUGGCUUCCCUUGUGGCCGCCAUACCGUGUACUUGUGUCCUUCCUGCAGUCUCUAGUGCCCUCAGCUGAGCCGCGCUACGCCAUGUUUGGGCCAGGCAUGGAGCAAAUGGAUGUCUCCAUAGUUACAAGGCUCAUGCACGCCAGUGAUAUUUUACCAGUGUCGGUCAAUCCAAACAGCCACAUCAAUGGACCAUCAGUAAUUGGCUCUGGCAUUAGUUUCAUGUUCAACGACCAGCACAAAUUCAACAUCUUUACACUUUACUCAACCAACAGGGCAGAGAGGGACCGUGCCAAAGUACAGAACCAGUAUAUGAGUGAUAAACUCUUCACUUUAGUUGGAAGCGAUGAAUCUGGGCACCCAGUCUACAGGCCGUCACCUCAGGUGCAGCAGGUGUGCAAGGUAGUGGAUGGAGUGAUCUAUGUGGCUAAUGCCCAACCAGGGAGAGGUGAUGGAGAGUCCGAGGCGGCUCAAAUCAGGGCCGUGUUGAGCUCCACAUCCAAACCCCUGCUGGUGCUCUCAUGUAUCUCCAGAGAGAAAUGUGAAGCAGUCGGGACCACCAGACUUCAAACCACGCGUCGCACGCCCUGUGUUGACAUGGCAAACAGACUCGGUCUACCUCAGUUGCCUAAUCCCUGGAUGGUGCAGGAUACAGUUGCAGAAUCCCUGUCCGGUCUUCUGGAUGGCAUUUCUUGGUUGCUGAGAUCCUCAGGAGUCAAAGUGUAUGAUCGCUAGCAUAGCUCAGUCAUGGGUGUGAAAUAGGUUCAGAAAUAGAGUGGAAUAAGCACAGACACACAAGGAUUGCGUUGGCAACAAUAACACAAUUUUGGUUAUUAGAAAUAAUAAAUUGUUCUCUUUGUUAAGUACACUUUUCUUUUAAGUUGAUUUUAUUUAAAGUUAAAUCUUACCUUGCAUAGUCAAGUCAAGUGCAGUUGGUUAGCAACCAAGGUGUUCCCUGCCUCUUACUUGUAGUCAGCUUGGAAAGGCUGCAACAUCACUGCGGCCCUUGUUGGCAUAAGUGAUACAGAUAACGAAUAGAUUUAUUAAUAUAGUUAAGUUAAAAGUAUAUGUUCACAGCAUUUUUAUUAAUUAACAUGGCUGGCAUGGCGGUUGCGUGGUUAGCACAUAAACCUCACAGUUCUGAGUUCAAGGGUUCAAGCCGAGCUACGGCCUUCCUGUGUUGAGUUUGCAUGUUCUACCCGUGCUUGCGUAGGUUUUUUCUGGAUACUCGGUUUCCCCCCACACGCCAAAAACAUGUAUUGUAGGCUGAUUAAACACUCCAAAAUUUCCGUAGGUAUGAGUUUCUGCCUGAUCGGCUGUUUGUUUCCUUGUGCCAUGCUGGCAACCAAUUCACGGUGUACUCUGCCCACAGCCCAUAGUUGGCUGAGAUAGGCUCCAGCACUUCCACAACCCUGUGAGGAUAAGUGUCAUGGAAGAUGAAGAAAUGAAAAUAUUAAUUUAUAGUUAUUGUCAUCUACGCUAGGAUCGUAUACACAGUAAUGACAGGAAUAAAACAAAAUAGAUUAUUAAUUGGGCCUAGACAUUUUUAAAGCUGCUCUCUACAUCAGAGGUGCCCAUUACGUCGAUCGCAAUCGACAAGUCGAUCGCAACGCUAGUGUGGUUAGCUCGCGGCAUUAAAAAAAAAAAAAAAAAUUUUUUUUUUUUUCCUUUUUUAUGUACACAUGUAAUUAAUUAUGUUGUGUGAGCAACUCUUGAGUUAUGCAACAAAAAAGUAUGAGCAACGCUGCUCUACAUGAUGAUCAACCUCCUGCUAAUUUUUAUGGCUACCACAAUAUGAACUUUAUUGAGCCUCAUUACCAGUGUUUAGUGUAAAAUUUUCUUUAUUGCAGGCUCAAUAAUCUUUCAAAUAACUACAAUUUUAUAUUAGAAUUUAAACAUAAAUGGUGAAAACAAACACUGCACUUCAUUCUACUUCAUUUACCCCCUACAACAGAUUUGGAUUUUGUAGCUCAUACAAAUGACAUCUCUGACAAAGAUGAAAAAGUCAUCUCACUAUAGGUACAUCAAAAAUACGCUGUUAUGUUACUAAUGUCACAAUGGGAUUUUGGUAAUGUUGAAAAAUCUAUUUAAACCUAGAUUUUUGCAGGAAAGGGAGGAAGGUACACUCAUGGAUUGCAGGACAGUUGACAAAGUUAUUUUGCUGCAAAAAUAUCUUCCAAUCCGAGAAAAUGAAUGCAAAAGAAGGAUGUUUUUCAGGUAAAAAUUUAAAGCAGCUGUUUUCAUUUUUGUCUCACUCCCGGGGUCAAUUUAUAUGUGGAGUGCUAUCUGACUUCUGACCUGUAUUAUUUCCAAGUGCUAAAAACUUUUAUCCGUGAAAUAUGAGAAACAUUAUCAUCUUUUAGUUUACAAAACGAGACACAGAACAUGUUCUAGGAGAAUAGAGUGCAUUCUGCAUUUCUUUUUUUAAAUUUUUUUUUUGGUUUUUUUAAUGUAUGGGGAAAAUAUGAUCUCUAGUAAAUGUUCCACCUCAUACAUGAUUUUUUUGUGCAGUGCUUAUGUGCGCUGAACCGAUGCUUCAUAAGUAAGCCCUUUUAGAGUUUACAGUUCACAGUCAUUUUGCCAGUUCUGACAAGGUAAUGUGCCUCCCUGGCACUCUUUUGUUCUUGUUCCCUAGGUGACCACAAAUAAUCUUUGUAAAGCACCAACCUUUCUAUCAAAAUGUUCCGGUACCUCUAUAAUCAUUUUUAUAGACAUACCUGUUAGAUAAUAGUGUGCUGAUUGAUGCAAUUUAGUAGCAUUAGGGUUAUCUGACUUGUACUAUAUUUUCAUCCUGAUGAAUUUUAAAGUAAUGUGAUGUAAGAAGCAACCUGUGUGUGCAUGCAGUUGGACUAACUUUACCAAAUAAACCUGUGGUUAAUGUAUGGUGGAACCUCCAAAGUCAAGCACAGUUUGCAGUCUGAACAAUAAUACUGGAAAAAUGUUCCUCAAAAGCUAGGUAAAACUUGUUUGAACUGUAAUCGUAUAUUAGACGUUGACUCAGUUUGCUUCUAAAGAAUUAACUCUACUAGUGUAUUAUGUUUAUUUUUUUCUAUCAUUAUUAUUUUAAUCUUUAAUAUGCAACAGUGGUUUAUUUGAUCUGCCAAAAAUAAACCAUCGGUACUUCUCUGACUAAUUGUCAUGAACAUCUACCCUGUCAAUUACAUUAUUAUAUAUGCGGCAAAUAUCUUUGCACCUAAUGGCAGCCAACACACCGCAGUAUUUCUGAAACUGUUAGCAAGACAUCUUAACAACUGUCGUUUUCUUUCCAAAAUAAUGACACGACUUAUCAAAACCCAACAAAGU